AUUGUCUUUCUCUUUAUCUAGCGAGAAAGGCGUAUCCAGGCUGAGUUUCAGAACACAGAUUGAUGAGAUUGAAUGUCAGAUGAUUUAAUGAACGCCCGCCGAGCGUAUUCGUGUGAUUCUCUCCAUCUCUCUACUCCGAUUUUUUCAGCUGCUUACCUGUCAAACGACUCUUGUACAUUAAUCGAUUACAUUAGUCAAAAAUACGAGAAACGUACGGACAAAUAAAAUAAAGAAAAUGCUUCGCGGAUACGAGGGCGUGAGGUAUAUCUCGGACAAGCAAAUGGUGGUGUUUGACAUUGGUAGCGCGUACACAAAGUUCGGCUACGCGGGAGAAAUGUCACCACGUGGUAUUAUUCGAACCGAAGUGCGAUGCUCGGAGUCGAAGAAGAUACGCAGGAUCGUUGAUUACAAGGACGUCGAGGAUCUGUAUCAACUGCUCGUGGACUUUUUCCAUCUAUUAUUUUUUAAGUACGUUGUGAUAAGCCCGAAAGAUGCGAGGAUAUUGCUUCUGGAGUCCCCGCUGGCGGUGGCGUCGUUCAGAGACACCCUCGCGAAAGUAAUGUUCAGGCACUUCGAAGUCGGCUCUGUACUGUUUCUGCCGAGCCACCUGGCCACAAUCAGCACUCUCGGCAUUGACACAGCUUUGGUGUUGGACGUCGGAUAUCGAGAAGCGACUCUAAUUCCGAUCUUCGAGGGAAUACCGGUCCUUAAAGCCUGGCAAGCGUUGCCCUUGGGCGGACAGAUUGUACACGAGAAUUUAAGAAAAUACUUUCGAGACACAGCAAGCAAUCUAGAUUUGUCAGAAAGGAUGGUGGAAGACAUCAAAGUAAGAAUGUGUUUCGUAACCACGCUGGAAAGAUCUGCGAAGCUGGGAACUAAAGAUGCGCCGCCUCCACCUCCCGACGUCACGUAUCCAGGCGUUAGAAGAAUCUUAAUACCUGGAGAAAUUAGAGAAAAGGCAUUUGAGAUGCUGUGGGAAAGGGAUAACGAUAAUCUGUCUUUGCCCACCAUGAUACUCGACGCUAUCGUUAAGUGCCCGUUGGAUAUGAGGCGGGUGUUGGCUGAAAAUAUAAUACUCGUCGGCGGAACAACUAUGACGAAAGGCUUCGCGAGUCGUCUGAAGACGGAAUUGUUGGCCUUAGUCAAGAGCGAUCUGUACAAAACUAAAUUAAAAGUGGAAUCAUUCAAAUUCCAUACGGCGCCUAGUAAACCGAAUUACACAGUAUGGCUGGGCGGUGCUAUUUUUGGCACGACAGAUUUGCCAUUGCGAUGUCUGACAAAAGAAGUGUACUUAAAAACAAACCGAGUCCCCGAUUGGUCUAAUCUCAUAGAUAAUCAGAAGGAUGAAACUUCUUACGAAAUAUGAAUAAGUAAACGAGUAAGAUCGUAAGGAUUUAACAGAGUAAUCUAUAGAAAAGCAAGUAAAUAAUUGUAUUUAUUACAUUAUUAUAGUUGUGAUUUAUAAAAUGCAUAUUGUACAUAUUGUAUAAUUUAAUUAUGCACUUUUUCUACUUCAUUAUAAUUGCAAUUUCACAAAAUAAAUACUGUAUUUUAAUCCCAAUUGAUGGCUGAUGGUAUUAACAGUAAUCAAAAUAUA